CGAGCACAGAGGGGUAAUUGGUGUAAAAUGGCGCUGUCUCAAGGAACAAAGAAAAAAGUUUGCUAUUACUAUGACGGUGAUGUGGGAAACUACUACUACGGCCAGGGCCACCCCAUGAAGCCCCACAGGAUCCGCAUGACACACAACCUCCUCCUCAACUAUGGACUGUACAGGAAAAUGGAGAUCUAUAGACCACACAAAGCCAGUGGUGAAGAGAUGACAAAAUACCACAGUGACGACUACAUUAAGUUCCUGAGGUCCAUCCGACCAGACAAUAUGUCUGAGUACAGCAAACAGAUGCAGAGAUUUAAUGUCGGAGAGGACUGUCCAGUGUUUGAUGGUCUGUUUGAGUUUUGCCAGCUCUCAACAGGCGGCUCUGUGGCUGGAGCAGUGAAGCUGAACAAGCAGCAGACAGACAUCGCCAUCAACUGGGCCGGCGGACUCCAUCACGCCAAGAAGUCUGAAGCCUCUGGAUUCUGCUACGUCAACGACAUUGUCUUGGCUAUCCUGGAGCUGCUCAAAUACCACCAGAGGGUAUUGUACAUAGACAUUGACAUCCACCACGGUGAUGGCGUGGAGGAGGCCUUCUACACCACGGACAGGGUCAUGACUGUCUCUUUCCACAAGUAUGGGGAGUACUUCCCUGGCACUGGAGACCUGAGGGAUAUUGGAGCAGGAAAGGGCAAGUACUAUGCCGUGAACUACCCCCUUAGAGACGGCAUUGAUGAUGAGUCUUAUGAAGCCAUCUUUAAGCCCAUCAUGGCUAAAGUCAUGGAGAUGUACCAGCCAAGUGCUGUGGUUCUCCAGUGUGGAGCCGAUUCUCUCUCUGGAGACAGACUGGGCUGCUUCAACCUCACCAUCAAAGGCCAUGCCAAGUGUGUCGAGUACAUCAAAAGUUUCAACCUCCCUCUGCUGAUGCUCGGCGGUGGAGGCUACACCAUUCGCAACGUGGCCCGUUGCUGGACCUACGAAACCGCCGUCGCCCUAGACUGCUCCAUUCCCAACGAGUUGCCCUACAACGACUACUUUGAGUACUUUGGACCAGAUUUCAAGCUCCACAUCAGCCCCUCCAACAUGACCAACCAGAACACCAACGAGUACCUGGAAAAGAUCAAACAGCGUCUGUUUGAAAACCUCCGUAUGCUGCCUCAUGCCCCCGGCGUCCAGAUGCAGGCGAUCCCAGAGGACGCUCCUCACCCGGACAGUGGAGACGAGGAUGAGGAAGACCCAGACAAACGCGUCUCUAUCCGGGCCCAUGACAAGAGGAUAGCCUGCGAGGAGGAGUUUUCUGACUCUGAGGACGAGGCAGAGGGUCAGGGUGGAGGCCGCAGGAACGCAGCCAACCACAAGAAGGCGAAACGAGUGAAGAAGGAAGAAGAGAAGGAAGGAGAAGAAAAGAAAGAAGUGAAAGAGGAAGAGAAGGAGGAAGAGAAGAUGGACACGUCAGGACCAAAAGAAGAAGUGAAGUCAACUUGAAGUCUGGCAGAGGGAGGAAUGGGUCAUUUUACUGUCGUCCUCAAGCCCCACUGAUUCCUGUAUUCUCCUACUGCAACGAUAGGACCUUUUUGUAUUCCUGUUUUAUUAUGUGAUCUUAUUGGCAAACCUGGUUCACGCUGCAUCGCUUACAUUUGUUGCCGUGCUCAGUGGGUUUUUGCACAGCCACGGUUGAAUAUUUUGUCGGUUGAGCAUGAAUCUUUUACUGAAAAUAUGCCUAUUUCUGUUGUCCCCCCCCCACCCCACCCACUUAGCACUUCAUGUAAUAAAAAAAAUGCCACAAAUCCUUCUGAGCUGCAGCGUGAACCAGUUCUGCUCUAAUAAGAAGAAAAACCAUCCAGAGUGUUACUGUUCCUAUUCUGGCAUUUCAGAUUUCCACGUGUAUGUGGGGCUGCAGCUAAAAUACCUGCACAGACGUAGAUAAUUUUACAAGUCAAGUGCUCACAUGCAAAAAGGCUUUUGUUAGUUUUUAAACAUCUAUUUAUGAUACUGUUAGAAUAACCAGCAAACUGUCGCCUUGCUGUGUACAUUCAUCAGUGAAUGCAUGUUUAGAAUGAUCUCGCCUUUAGCAUGUACAUAUUGUUCUGCCUUUUGCCCAGACAGUCCCUCAUCUCCACUCAGUAAGUUAUUUUAAAUCAUGAAUACAGUCAGUCCCUUUAGGCCGUCUUCCUAGAUGUUUCCUUUUAUUUUCUUCUUCCUGAAGUGUUUGUAUGUUUCAUGUAUGAAUGAGUGUGAACGUCUUUCGAGGCUUUUGUUGGGGAGUGAAUGGCUUUAGAUAUUUUGUACCAUUAUACAUAAAGGUGGAGUACGCCUGCGCAUGGCCCUCUACAUGUGGUUGUUUGGAGUUCUAUCCUUGUGAAAUGUGCAUUAUCAUAACUUUGUUAUAAAAAAAUAAAGAAAACUGAUCCAC